GAUGUGGAACUUGUACGAAAUAUGAAGAUGGAUGUAACAGGUAUGGAGUUAUGUCCAGCCUGUCGUCUUCCGUUUGAUUCUGGUAAAAAACGUAAACUAAUUGAUGCUUGUGGUCAUGAGAGAUGUUAUAGCUGUAUGUUUACUAGUGAAAUCUGUCCUCUAUGUCGUAAGUUGAAG